AUGCUUUUCGAUUCUCUGGAGCAUUACGCCAGUCUCUCUCAAGAUAGCAAAAGCUCUCACCAUGGUGUCCGAAAUAUUGAUUCUGCCAUCCGGAAUUUGGCCCUCAUCGGCGUGGCCAUCCGGCGCACUGGGAAAGCAUCGCGAAGUCGCAGAGCCGACAGGACGUUCAAUCCUGAGAAAUACCACGAAUUCAGGAAACACCUCGAGUGUGUGAUCCUUCUUCGUCCGACUGAAGACGGCCGUCACCCAGACGAGCUGGAUCCAUCCAAGCUGUCCGGUUUGCAGCGAAGGCUGAUCGACGCGAAUCUCCGGCGACGACACCGUUUUCUGCUUGCACAAAGACGGUCGAUGAACCAAGAAGAAGAUAAACCCCUCUUGGCGCCAACCAUUUCGGGGGUUUCCCGAGCAUCCACAGCCGAGGGGACUCUGAAUUACGCACCAGCCAAGCCAUAUAUACCAGGGACGACCAAGACGCAAAUCACCUCCAUUGCCUCCGAUGCCGAGUUUCCAAAUCCCCCUGCUAUACCUGACGAUCGAGAGAUCUUUCAGUGCCCAUGCUGCUGUCAAUCGUUACAGGUGGAGACAUUCAAGGACUCUAAGCUCUGGAAGCGGCAUGUUGUUGAGGAUCUGUGCCCAUACACCUGCAUCGCCGAGAACUGUCCUACACCAGAGCUUCUAUUCUGCACACGAAGCGAAUGGGAAACGCAUAUCAAGAAGAGCCACUUACCGGAGUGGCAGUGUCCGUUUUGUGACGGGGACCACGCGAAGCAGCCGAAUAUGGAAGCCAUGGCGGACCACCUCCAGGCCGACCAUAAAGACGAGCUCUCAACCAAAUCCCUUUCCACGCUUCUCUCCUGGUCUGCGGUCCAGAAAAUGGGCGUCACAACAUGCCCGUUUUGUACUGCUGAUGGACCCGAAGAUGCACCGGACUUGGUGGACCAUGUGCUACAAGAGGCGUACGAAUUUGCUCUCCGUGCUCUGCCUUGGCCAAAGCCCAUCAACCACGAAUUGAACGAGCCUCCCGGGACAUUCAAACUUCCAGACAAAGGAAACGACGAAAAUCCCAUCAGUCGGUGGCUC